ACCAGCCGUUGUUUGGCCCGUAGACCUACCUACUGUUCUCCCUGCAACAGCAAAAAUGUAGUGUUGCAUUUUGAUGAGCGCCGCCAGUCGUGGAACUCUGCAGCACACACACACACACACACACACACACACGGUGUGCAGCAAACGAUUUGCGGAAGUGAGGUACCCCAUUCUGCAGCAGGUGACUGAGCAGCACAAUGAGACGUCAGUAGUCCCCCUCCGUAGCAUGGCCACGUCACGUUCCUCACGCGUCACAAGGUCAUCAGUCGGGCUCAAUGGAUUGGACGAGAACUUCUGUGGACGAACCCUCAGGAACCGCAGCAUCGCCCAGCCGGAGGAGGUUCAGGGGUCACCGCUCCCCGGCAGCAGGGCUCCCCGCUCCCCCAAGAAGAGACAGGACGCCCAGGCUGGGAGCUCAGAGAAGCCUGGGGGUCACCAGGGAAAGGUAACCCACCACAAGGCCUCCUCAGUGGACAGGGAGACAUGGCCGAGCCCCAGGAAGAGGGGACUGUCCUGCUCAGAGAGUGAUGGGUGUGGGGGUUUGGACCAGGCUGAGAACUGUGAGGGGAGGGGGAAGGAGACGUCGGGGGCUGGUGGGAGAGAUGCUUCUCUGCUCCUCAAAAGGGCCAAACGGUGUUCCCGUCAUGGGGAGGCGCAGGGCCCCGAGGACGACCCCUCUUCUGCACCCGCCAAACCUGACAUCCCCCCAUCCUCCUGCACCCCCCCAGCGACUGUCAAGGAGAACAGUGAAGAGGGUGACCCGCUCAACCUAAUCUGCAUCGCACCCUCUUCCUCUUCUCCACAGAACCUCAACAAAGAGGAAGGUGAGGAGGAGGAGGAGGAGGAGGACAGCGGCGGCCAUACUCAACAGCCCCUGAACUCCACUUCCCAUAAUCCCCCUGUUCCGCCCCAGAACUCGAUCUCCCAUAAAUCCUCUACUGGGCUGGGACAGACCAGCAGUAGCUUUGACGCUCAGACAAUCCCCCCGGGUGCCAGCGCUGCCGUUAACACCAGCUGCCCAGGUCCCAGUCCCACACUGCUGAACGGCGGCCAGAUGGGGGCGCCCUGCCCCUCGCCCCCAGACCCCAUAGUGCCUUGUAGAAACUGUGAUCCUGUGCAGGAGGAGGAGGUUAGGGACUCUGGGGAGUAUUCUGCUCCUCCUCUGGCCUCCUUUGAAGAGGACUCCUCCACCCCACACCUGUCAGUCAGGGAGGAGGAAGUGGAGUUGGAUGUAGUGGGGGACUCGGUGUGUCAGGAGGAGGAAGUGACAGCGACCGAGGAGGAGGAAGAGGAGGAGGAGGAGAGUACCAACGGGAGAAGUAAUGGUUGGCCACUGGUGCAGGAUGCUGUUGCCACCAGUAUCAUCAACGUAAACCACAACAUCCCAAACAACAACAUCAACAACUCAGGAGAAUCCACCAUGCCUUUGCUAGCCCCCCAGACCCCCUCAGAGACCCCUUCUGUCUCCGGCACUUCGCCCCCGUCCUUCACCCAACCCCACGAACACCAAUACACCCUGAGGACUUCGCCCCGGAGAGCUGGGGCCCCCUCGUCCCCCAAACCCUGCUCCCCUCCCAGAGACCCUCUUCGGGACAACGGCCCUCUGAGAGAGGGGGCCUGUCGGAGGCUGGAUCUGGACGCUACUCUGGCUACUUCUACCCCUUCUUCAGGUCCCUCCAGCACCCAGGCCAGGGGAGGCUCUCUCCCAUCUCUUCCGUCGGUUCCCAUGGAGCAGGGAGCCGGUGGGGAUGACAGGGACAGGGUAGUAGGGGACGGUCGGGACUACGGGGAGCUCCGAGAAGGCGCCCGGGCAGCCAGUAAGGAGGUUCCGGUAGGAGGAAGCCAGCAGCAGGAGGAGGAGAAGCAGGUGGAGGACGAAGAGGAACCAGAUGUGUAUUACUUUGAGUCGGACCACCUGGUGCUCAAACACAACAAAGAUUACCAGAGGUUACUCCAGACUGUAGGUGUGUUGGAGGCCCAGAGAACUCAGAGUAUUCUGGACUUGGAGCGUCUGGCCAGACAGCAGAGAGAAGCUCUCCAAGACCCGGUCAGCUUUGUGGAGCAGCUGCAGAAACAGGUGGAACUGGGCAUGCCGCGACCCCAGAGAGUGGUUCAGCUGCCAGACAUCUCAUGGGACCAGUACACGUCAGGACUGGGAGAUUUCGAGAGGGAGUUCUGUGACAAGAAACGCAAAACCAGGAGGCUCAAACUCAUAUUCGAUAAGGUCAGGUUACCAGACCGACCAAUCAGCCCCUUGGAUCCCAAGGACAAGGAGGGUGAAUCGUCGACCCUGUACUCUGCUCUGCCCUCUAGUGAUGCUCUGGAGAACAGCAGCAACUCACAGAUGAUCCGAGGGCGGCUGUGUCACCAGAGUAAACCUGACACCUUCAACCAGCUGUGGACCGUGGAAGAACAGAAAAAGCUGGAGCAUCUCCUACUGCAGUUUCCUCCUGAGGAGGUGGAGUCUAAACGCUGGCAGAAGAUAGCUGAUGCCCUGGGCAACAGGACCGCUAAACAGGUGGCCAGCCGCGUACAGAAGUACUUCAUCAAACUGACUAAAGCAGGAAUCCCUGUUCCUGGGAGGACCCCCAACAUGUGCAUGUACAGCAAGAAGGUGUCCAAUAAGAGGCAGCACCACCUGAACAAGCACCUGUACCGACCGUCUACCUUCCUGACCUCAUAUGAGCCUCCCGUCUUUAUGGAAGAAGAGGAUGAGAGAGCGGCCUACUACAGCUCCCUGCAGGACCCCGAUGGAGACGACACGGAUGAGGAGUGUGUACCUGUGGAGUUGAGACACCUGCCGGAGUACAAGGAGCUUCUGGAGCUGAAGAGAAUGAAGAAACACAAACUGCAGGAGAUCCAGGCUGAGAGUAGCAUGGCCCUGCACCAUGGAUACAAGUGUGACGUGUGUGGUGUGGAGCCCAUCCAGGGCGUGCGGUGGCAUUGUCAGGACUGUCCCUCAGACAACGCUGUGGACUUCUGUUCCAACUGCUCCGACUGCCUGUACAAGACUGAGAGCCACACGCCAGACCACCAUCUGGAGCCUGUCCAUCACCAUGAGACCUUCCUAGACAGGGACUACUGUCUGGCUCAGACCCCUGGAUAUAACUACCUGGACCCCAACUACUACCCUGCUAACAGAUGACGGGGGCCACAGACUGGCCCCUGAACUCCAGCCUAUGCCUCAGCCCAGGGGCCAUAGUUUUAGUUACACACGAAGGGUCCCUAGCAUCCAGGUCCCAGGGGCCACAGUCACCCAGCCUCAGCCCACACAGCUAUCCUACUACGACAGCUAGCCUCCAGAUCCCAGGGGCCACAGUCACCCAGCCUCAGCCCACACAGCUAGCCUCAGUCAGCUAGGCUACGACAGCUAGCCUCAGCUAGCCUCCAGAUCCCAGAGUUCACAGUUUCAGCUACACCCCAGCGGCCCCUAGCCCCAGACUCAACCUACAGCAGCAACCAACUGGUAGUGUGUGGCUCAUGGCGCCAUGGCUCAUGGCUCUGUCUCUCAGACCCGAAUCUAGACGGUUCUCACACCAGCUACUCUGCUCACCCCACCCUGCUAGCCCAGCAGACUGGCAGGAAUCCCAUUGGUGGUGGUGGUGGGGGGAGGUGAAACUGGCUGCCCAGCAGACUCCAUUUUGGCUCUAAGAAGAGGUCUGGGACAUGCUCACUUCUCUGACCGGUUACCAUAACAACCAACAAACUGAACAGAACAGUCUCUGAAAAAUAUA